GUAGUGGUGCCGUAGCGACAGUACCAUCGCGAGUGUCGUACAAUACCGUACCGAUCACCGACCACCGACCACAGUAUGGAUUAACUUUUUUAAUGCAGACAAUGAUCGGUGACGAUGUGGGUUGAAGGGAGCGGCUGGAUAGCGACGGGGGUGGGGGCGCCAGUAGUCGCCGUGUUCCUGUUAUGGGGCGCCCUCGUCCUGCACUGCGACCGACGUCGGUGGCGUCCGCUAGACCCGCUGUUGGUGGCCCUCCUGCUACAGAGUGUGUUACACCAGGGUGGCGCCUGCCUCAGCACCCUCGUGUUGCUGUUCCGCCCCCAGGAAGAGCUGUGGUGCUCCGUGCUCGUUUGGUGGCUCGCUGCUGUUCGCGCUCUUCAAGCCUCUACUUUGACAACUCUCGCCACUGCCAGGUUGUUCCGAGUGCGCUACUCCCACCUAAUCUAUCACCUCGUGUGCCUCACCAUGAUCGCCGGGUGUAUCGGCGUGGCCGCGGUGCUCGCCCGAGCUUCUCCCUGCGAGGAUUCCCCCGACCGACGGUACGUCGUGUUCUCCGUCGCGCUUCACAUCGCUCUCGCGUUCGCCUCCGUUGUAGGACUUAUCUGUUGUUGUUGUAAGCCAAGUAUUCCUCCGGAGACGUUUGUCAACAACUCCAGACAUCGCAGAAGACUGCUGAACUCUUCCUCGGACCUCUCCUCGGCAAUGUCGGAUAUCUCUGUUAUAUCCACGAUGCGGUCGCGGAGUGGCAAGGGGGUGUCGCACAGCGUGAGUGACUGUAGUGCGAGAAGGAUGAGACAUUCGUUGGUAGAGGAGCUCCUCAGAGUUUCCCCGGUAUCCUCGGGACAGAACCCUCCCAUCACCUUCCUAAACGGUGCCCCGGACCCGACACGCCUCCUGCAGCGGAGCCCCUGCUGUGAGAGCCCUCCGGAGCUGCAGAUCCCUUGCGCCGCUAUCCUAGAGGAGACUAAGCUGAUGUGUGACCUGGAUGCUAGCAGUUAUGGUGUAUCCACCCUCCGUCAGGAACCUUGCUACAUUUCAACCUCAACCUCCGCCUCCUCCACCAACUCCAGGUCUCCCUGCCUCGCUGCUGAGCGAAUAGAGGACGUCAGUCUGUCUACCAUCGUCGCGGUGCUGCUCCUCAGCUACUCAAUAAACCACAUACCCGUUCUGGGUUUGACGAUUGCUGAGAGUUUCGCGCCACACCUGAUCCCCGCCCAGUGGCCAGUCACUUCCAUCCCGCUGUGGGCCGGACUACUAGAGGGUGUACUGCUGCCUAUAGUCCUGGCCAUGACUGACAAGGCGUUUGUACGUCGUGUUGCUGCCAUAUACUCUCGUCGCAGACCUUCCGACAUGACAAAACCACCACAAGGAAUGCAUGGGAAGUUUCGACCUUUCAACAACUGCUUGCUUGAGCCUCAAAGACCGAUGGAAACAGUGCGCUUCCCGAUCACCAACGGAUCUCUCUUCACCAGCCUAGAUGGACGGAUACCCAUUAUUCAUAACUACAGAAGAACAAAAGGAGUGCGGACAACUGGACCGUUACCCUCGUACCAUGUCAACCAGAGAUACAGACCCCCCACCCCUCCCCCGCCAUCAGUCACUGAAGCCCCACACAUGGGCGGGGGGCAACUGAGGAACAACAUCAUCGUGGCAGACAUCAACUGUGACAGGAAAACUGAGUCACCUCUAAGUCCUUUUAAAGAGGUACCAGUCCACAAGAAGGAGCAAGUCCAGUGUUACACUCAACGCCUCAAUACGUCCGAACUCCGCGACACCAACCUACCUUCCUUCCCUCAGAACAUUCAGCAAUUGAGGGAAACCCUCUUCCUGGAGAAUCAGGACUCGGAAGAUUCUUACGAAGAGUUUGAGGAGACGUGUGAGGAGCCGAUCUACGCGACAUUGUCCUCCCGCAGCGCUUGCUCAGCUACGACAGCAGCUAACGAUGAUUUUGAGUUCUACCAGCAAGAGACUCCCAGGGAGCCCAAGACACACUCGGGGUUCAAGAGUUCAAGUGUGAGGCGGAGAAUCUCCAGGAGCUCCAGUAUUGAUAGAAUACUCUCACAACAAGGGAGUGAUGAAGAGACUGAGAGCAACCACCGCCCGAUGUAUCGGCCCCAGCGACCUCCGCCACGGCGCUCUCGUCUGUCUCGCCGCCCUGGCCCUCCCCCCACUCCGCCCCCACCUAGACGGCUCGCCCCCGUCUUGUCCGUGGACUCCCUAGUAGCAGCAUUACACCAGGCUGAUGUCAGCUAUCUAGAUACCGGUGAUCUAUACAGACACGGAUCUGUACCUGACCUUAAGAAAGUAUUUUACACUGGAUUUUUGUAAACAGAAAUGAAAACAAGGAAAUUUAAUUUGAAAAAUCUAUUAAACACUAUUAAAAUUCUAAGGUUUAGUAAACCACUUGGUUUUAAACACCAUUGAAACAAGUGUGCCUUUUACAGCAUGACUCAAUGACUAUGUUUGACUGAGAAAUUAAUGAAUUUUUUUAGUUCAGUUAGUUUUGCACAAAACGUAAAUAACAUACAGCUACAUAACAGUCUAAAGUACAAUUUCAACUCAAAACUGCUAAAUUCUAAUAUAAAGAGACAAUAGAACAAUGUAAGUGAAUAAGGGCCCUCUAAAUCCAAAUCUAAACUCGCUCAUACUAUUGUAAACAUGUAGAUACAAAAUAGCCAUAUGUUUGUAAAUGUUAUAGUAGUAAGAACUUAGACACAUCUCAUUUGGUGUCAUUCUAUGUAUAUUCAAAACAUAAAAUUCAAUAUUUUUAACAUUGCAGUACCAUCUAUAUUGAAAAACAUGUUUUUAGUUUAGGUCAUCAUUGAAGUGUAAAAUCGGAAUGUAUUUGAGUUUUUUAGAAGUGUAGUUAAGUGUAUCCUACAGCAUGUUUAAUUCACAUAAUGUAUAGUUGAUAUUGACUGAUUUUACUCCAGACAAAUUACAAACCAUAAGCAUCACAAGUUUUUCUUAAACCCAUUCAAGUUUUACAUCUGAUCAGAGCACAUUUUUCUUAUGUGAGAAUCAUUACAAGAUUUACUUGAUUAAGGAUGGCACUAAAUGGAGUGAAGUAUUUCAUGCUUUAAGAAACAUAUACGUAACAAUAGUUAUAGUUAGGUGAAGCCAAAGAUAUAAUCGUAAAUAUCAGAAAAGGACACAAUUGUGAUAGAAAUUUUUCAAAGUUUCUCAAAUGAAAUUGCUAUCAUUAAUCACAUACUGGUUCGAUGCUAACUUCAAAUGAUUUAUUUAUUUAUGGUUACUAAUGUAAUUAAUAAUUUGUAUCAUAUAACAACUAGCCUACAAGACAAAUCUCAUAAACUGUUGUAAAUACUGUAUCGAAUUUUAGGUAAAAAGUAAAAUAAUGGUAGUACAAAUGCCUAUCGCUGAUGUUAGACUAAAAGUGUAGGUAAAAUUCUCUAACUGAUUAGUGUAACUGUUGCCAUUUAAAAACAUUACUGUUCAAUUCUGGUUUUAAUUUAAAGUAAUUAAAUGUAACCAAAAUAAUGAAGACAAUAGCUGAUUUAACUUUUAUCCAUACCUGGUUUCAUCUCAAUUAUUACAAACUAAUGGAAUCAAUUGCCUUUGAAAA